UCAGUCAGUCAUCAAAUCGAAUCUCCCACAUCAGAGCAGUCAACCAUUAUUACGCGGACGGAGCUGUGGGGGAUCGAAAAAAAAUCUUGUGUUUUGUGCAAUAUUUUCCAGCAGAACGCUGGACUGGUGACUAAUCAGAUCAGUGCUCAAAUCGAAUGCAAAGUUACCAUAUUUUCCGGACGCUGCCAGCCGUUUUCUUUCCCCGAGGGUGCUUGAUUGGUCAAUUUGGUUGGAUAGUGUUUCCUUGAAAUAGUUCCAACAAGCAUCCCACGGUCAGUUAGACGAGAAAUAUAAGCAUAAUUUCGCGUUUCGUUGCGUUUGAAGGUGGGCGCAAGCAAAGAGGGGAGAAAAACGACAGCCCAGCCAAAGCUGUAACCGGAUUAAUUGCGAAUUUGCGUUGGGUGGUGCCGUAGAACUAGAACAUUGGCCGUCGGAAUGCCACCCUACCGCUACCCGACACAGAACUUCACUUACGUGAGUUCUUGUGUAAAGUAUAUGAUAUUCCUGCUGAAUUUUAUAUUCUGGCUGUUCGGAGGGUUGCUGAUCGGAAUAGGAUUCUAUGCCUUCGUGGACAAAUGGCAAGCUACCGGAUUGAUUAAGCUGGAGACAGUGUACGACAUUGUGCUCAACAUAUCGCUGGUGAUGAUCAUUGCCGGAGGCAUCGUAUUCGUGGUCAGCUUUGCCGGAUGCUUGGGAGCUUUACGGGAAAAUACCUGUUUGCUGAAGUUCUACUCGUUGUGUUUGCUGAUGUUCUUCCUGUGCGAAAUGGCCGUGGCAAUCGUUGGAUUCGUGUUCCCUCAUAAGAUGAACAUUGUACUGGAGGAUUCGUUUACAGACAAAAUCAUAACCACCUACCGGGACGAUCCGGACCUGCAGAACUUUAUAGACUUUGCCCAGCAGGAGUUCCACUGCUGUGGAUUGAGCAACGAAGGCUAUCUGGACUGGGGAAAGAACGAGUACUUCAAUUGCUCUUCCCCCAGCGUAGAAAAGUGCGGCGUUCCGUACAGUUGCUGCAUCAAUGCCACCGAUAUCUCGUCCGGCCUGGUCAACAUCAUGUGCGGAUACCACAUCCAGCAGCAGUCGGUGGCCGCGGCCAGUAAAAAGAUCUGGACCAGCGGUUGCAUCGAGAUUGUGCGCGUCUGGGCCGAACGGAAUCUCUAUCUGAUAGCGGGCAUUGCGCUCGGAGCGGCCCUCAGUCAGCUGUUCGUGAUCUACCUGGCCAAAACGCUCGAAGGUCAGAUCGAUUUGCAGAAAAGUCGCUGGUCGUCGUGAGCUUACGUGGGUUGGGGCGGCGGACGACCGGUUUAAAGCGUUUGAGCGCGUGCGCAAGACGAUACAUAAUGAACUGAAAGACUAUGAAUCUUUAUUCCAUCGAUUCCUGUGUGUAAUGGCGAGCGAAGGAAGAACUCCUUGAGUUGACCACGUACUGUGACUACUAUUUUAAGCGUUGUUUGCCCACCCGAAAUAAUGAAGCUGAGCUGGAGCCCAUAUCUGCCGAUAGCAUAUACGUAAGACCGGUCGGGAAUCUCCUGUAUGUGAAAAAAAAUCCGAAAAGCCACAUUAUAGCGUCUAGUAUCUCCUCUAAAGAUGUAUUAGUGUUUACGUUCAAAAGAAAAAAAAACUAGAAAUUUAGGAAAUUCAAAUACACAAAUAUCCUCACUUGUUUUUGAAUGUAAAGGCAAGGCGUUGCCGAAAUACUGAUGGAACUCAUAUUUUUAACUUGAGAGAAUAAUGCAUUUUAUGCCGGAAGAUAUUUUAAGGACUCUUGAAUGCUCUGAGAAAAUGUAGAAAAACUGUGAUCGACUGAUUGCUAUAACUUUAAACGAGUUAUUUUUCCGAUAGCUCCAAUCCGGUGAGUUGAUGGUCACUGUCAAUGCAGAAUCGUGUCUCUAAUCUGAAAAUAAAAUGAGAUUAGUUUGCACUAGAGUAGAGCAGAUUUUUGCUUCAUGCAAUACAUUUUUCUAUAAUUUUAUGUUUUCAAUCUCAGAUCUUACCAAUUCUAAACCACAACUCCAGUAUUCCUUAAAAUUCAAAAGUUCAAAGAUGUUUUUUGUUGCUGUUUCAAAUGGCAGUAAUCCCUGUUUCAUUGGCAGUAAAGUUAUCUAUUUAGACCAGAUGUUCAUUAGACCUCUCUAGGUAAUUGGGUCAAGCAAUCACGAAUUCUUCGUUUUCGUAAGUGUUUGACGUUUCAAGAUAGCGCAUUCUAACAGAUUUACAUCUCAACAUCGUUUUUCCACGAUGGAGAAACCAAAAAUAUGUGUGUUUUUUGUAUUUAUAAACUGCUCUCACCUAUAUUUUGUUGUCCACAGUCCUUCAUAUGUAACAGUGCACGAUUCUGCAUUGAGAAUGGAAGUCAUACUCUAGCUCAUUCCUUUUAGUAUUAUUUGUCUAACUUCUGCAAGACUCAAAGCAAUCGUAACUUUUACAAACCAUUUUUCACAGAGCGUUUAAUAUCAAAAUCAAAAGAAUGAAAAUUUACCAAGAAUGACUUGUUCUUUUCUAAGUAUUAUCCAUCACUUGCUUCACGGUUCAAAGCACAAUUAAAUCAAAAUUUGUCUAAUUUUAUAUUUAACUAGAAGUUAUGAGUGAGUUAUAUAAGUCUGCGUUUGAACCUUUUUAGCUGACCUUUUCAGUAAUAUGUUCCUUAGAUCACAUUAAAACUCUCUAAACUAACACGAACUUUCAUUCAACACUUGUACUAUCGAUUAACUACAAAACUGACGAAUGUGUUUCAUCUUAGAGUCUAGUAAGAAAACAAAAAAGAUUACUCUGAAAUAUUUAGAUAGCAAGAGCAACCAACAAAUGCAUGUGGCUCCUUGAAACAAAAAGGGAGAAAACAUAGGAAGUGGUUAAAAUCUGUGAACAAGCAGUUCAAGUGGAGAUAGGAAUAGACUUAUUAUUAUAUUGAAAGCUAUGUCAUUAUUUGUAAAGCUCAAAGAUAGCCUCUAGAAUUUCCGACUACAGAGAACCGAUAAAUGAACAAAUAAACAUUACUGCUGGUGUCAUAAAA